AUGUCAUCGGCAGGCCGAAGGACGCACUACGAGCCACCAUGGGGCAAUGCGAGCAUUAUUGGAGUAGCUGGUAGCUCUGGAUCUGGCAAGACGUCUUUGGCAUUGGCUAUAGUGGCAUCUCUGAACUUGCCAUGGGUUGUCAUUCUGUCUAUGGACUCGUUCUACAAGCCACUAACACCUGAGCAAUCUGCGGCUGCUUUCAGGAACGAAUUUGAUUUUGACUCGCCGGAGGCCAUAGACUUCGACAACUUGGUCGACCGGUUACAAGAGAUUAAAGCUGGCAAGGUUGCCGAGGUACCCAUAUACUCGUUUCAGAAGCAUUCCCGACUCGAGAAGACAACUACAAUCUAUUCGCCACAUGUUCUAAUUUUAGAAGGCAUCUUCGCCUUACACGAUCAGCGAGUGCUAGACCUACUUGAUCUUCAGAUUUUCGCAGAAGCGGAUGCCGAUCUCUGUCUUUCUCGACGUCUCGUGCGCGACGUCAAAGAACGAGGUCGAGAUAUAGAGGGCUGUAUCAAACAAUGGUUCGGCUUUGUGAAGCCGAACUUUUACAAAUAUGUCGCACCGCAGCGCGAGAUCGCUGACCUCAUCAUUCCCCGUGGCAUCGAGAACAAAGUCGCCAUCUCCAUGGUCAGCAACCAAGUUCGCCAAACGCUUAAUCAGAAGAGUGCGCUCCACCAGGCGGAGUUGCAGCGACUGGGAAAGAUUGCUGAGGUUAGAGAGCUGAGUUCGAAUGCAAUUGUGUUGAAGCAGACGAAUCAGGUUAAAGGAAUGCACACCCUCCUCUUAGACCCAAGCACAUCGCGAGAAGACUUCAUAUUCUACUUCGACCGCAUGGUUUCUCUACUAGUCGAAACAGCUUGCGACUUCCUCCCUUUCGCCUCUCACACUGUCACCACAUCGCAGAAAUACAGCUACCAAGGGCUCCAGAAAAAUGCAGAUGUCAGUGCCGUGGUGGUUCUGCGUGGUGGCAGUGCGUUUGAGACAGGCCUUCGGCGUACAAUUCCGGAUUGCAGGACGGGAAGGGUACUCAUCCAAACGAACUACAGGACGGGUGAGCCGGAAUUGCAUUAUCGAGCCUUGCCGACAGACAUUGCGCAGCAUGGGCUUGUACUAGUUCUGGAUCCGCAGUUUUCAUCGGGUGCGGCGGCUUUGAUGGCAGUCAGGGUGCUAGUAGACCAUGGUGUAUCCGAAGACAGGAUUGUAUUCGUAACAUAUACGGCGGGUCGCAUUGGCGUCAAUAGGGUGUUGAGCGUCUUUCCAGAUACCAAGGUUGUGAUUGCAAGAUUAGGCGACGACAUGGAGAAUCGGUGGGUGGAAUCAAAGUAUUUGGGUUGCUGA